CCUGAAAUGAAUAAAAAUAAAUUAUUAACCAUUUAGAAGCAAGAAAUAAUUUUUUUUUAUAAUAGAAGUUAUUUUACAGUAUAAAGUUCCAAAAUAGUAACUUUAGAAAAACUUGGAGUAUUGAUUUUGAACAUUAAACCAAUAAGAAAAGUUCAUGUACACAAAUGUCUGAUGAGGUUUAUUUGUCAAGUUAUAAUAAGAAAAGAAUGUUAUAUGUAAUUUUAUUAUGAACACUUUAUUACGAAAUCAAUAACAAAAUACAAAAAAGAUAUGGAAACAAAUGUAAAGAUUUAAAAAUAGAAGUGCAGAAAACAUGGCAACAGGAAUAAGUAAUAACGCAAGUGAAGAAGAAUUACAGGACGCACUGAACAUUGCUUUAGAGGCAGGAUACAGACAUAUCGAUACAGCACCAGUAUAUGAAAAUGAAAAAGUAAUUGGUCACGUUCUUAAAAAAUGGUUUGAUUCUGGAAGAAUUAAACGAUCUGACAUUUUCAUUGUUACGAAGCUUCCUUGUGUCGGAAAUAGACCAGAAGAUGUUGAAACAUGGAUAAAAAGAUCUUUAAAAGAUUUGCAGUUAGAAUAUGUAGAUCUAUAUUUGGUUCACACUCCAUUCGGUUUUAAGAAAGUUGGGGAAGAUUUACAUCCUAAGGAUGAAAAUGGACAAAUAUUACUUGAUCUUAGUACAGAUCAUGUAAAAGUUUGGGCUGAAAUGGAGAAACAAGUAGAAUGCGGACGAGCUAAAGCAAUUGGGCUAUCAAAUUUUAAUAUCCCUCAAAUCAAACGAAUUUUAAAAAAUGCAAAAGUAAAAGUAUCAAUGCUGCAAAUUGAAUUACAUGUUUUUUUCCAACAGAAAGAACUGGUAAAGUAUUGUAAAGAGGAAAACAUCUUUAUAACAGCCUAUUCGCCGCUUGGUUCGCGCAGUCUUGUUAAAUUACUAAAUAAAACGGAAAAAAUCCCAGAUAUGUUACAAAACGAUGUAGUACUAAAAAUAGCAAAAGAGUACAAAAAAUCACCUGCACAAAUUUUAUUGCGAUUCAUUGUACAAAACGAAAUCGUAGUUAUCCCUAAAAGUACAAACCCUCAAAGAAUUAAGGAAAAUAAAGAACUAUUCGAUUGGAAACUUAAACCAGAGGACAUGCAGAAAUUAAAAAAUCUCGAUCUUGGUGAAUCUGGUAGAAUUUGUGAUUUUGAAUUUUUUAAGGGAGUAAGGAAUCAUCCUGAGUUUCCUUUUUAAACCUUUCGUAGAUUCGUAUGACUUAAAUAUGUACACUGCAAUAUAUAUUUACUAUACGCAAAAAUAGUAACUUUAUAGAAAUAAAUAUUUUUAAUUACCUGAGUAUGUUUCAAAUCUCUAUAAAUAUAUGUAUUAAAAAAAAA